AUGUUCGAAAUUGCAACCCCGGCAGAAAGAAGGAAUGACCCUGGCACAGGGAAAUCUUACAACGUGAAUAUGCUCCAGCAAGAAGGGCGGGAGGUACCCAGUGCCCUCUGUGGCCUCCUGCGAAUGCGCGAAUUCACUCAGGACGAUGGCCAUAUUUUGUGUCGCAUGUCUCAAGUUUUGGCAGAAGUAACGGCAUUUCUUUUGGCGUGCCAAAAGCUCUACAAGGCAGUGGGGUUUUGCAAAGGUGAAAUCGUUUACCACAUCUCGACGAGGCCGAAAAGCAGCCAAGGUUCAGAACAAGAAUGGGCCCGUGCCGAAGGGCUGCUGCGUAGCGCGCUGGAACAACUUGACAUACCUUUCACGGUAGCCUCAGGGGAAGGCGCUUUCUAUGGCCCAAAGAUUGACAUCCACCUUCCAGAUGUAGAGGGACGGCUGUGGCAAACAGGAACUUUGCAGGUCGAUAUGUUUUCCCCCAAGAACUUCGGUCUUGAGCCCACGGCCGUUAGCAAUGACCGUAUGUGUCUCCUGCAUCGGGCUAUGUGUGGUUCCCUUGAGCGCUUUUUUGGCCUUGUUUUGGAGCAUUUAGACGGUCAUUUGCCUUCUUGGCUGGCACCCGUCCAGGUAUGGUACUGA